AAGUAUUUGCAGUUUGUAUUGAAAAUUAGGUUUGUUGAGUCAGCAAUUCUUCCGGCAUACGUGAAAAUACCAAACGGCUAAGAGUAUUGAAAAUCUUCGAAAAUGGGCUUCGUCAAGGUAGUCAAGAACAAGGCCUACUUUAAGAGGUACCAAGUUAAAUUCAGGAGAAGGAGAGAGGGAAAGACUGACUACUUUGCUCGGAAGCGCCUGGUCAUUCAAGAUAAGAAUAAAUACAACACGCCGAAGUACCGCAUUAUUGUGAGGUUCUCCAAUAGAGACAUCUGCUGUCAGAUUGCCUAUGCAAAGAUCGAAGGUGACCAUAUUGUGUGUGCGGCCUACUCACACGAGCUGCCAAAGUAUGGCAUUACUGUGGGACUUACCAACUAUGCAGCAGCCUACUGCACAGGCCUACUACUGGCUCGCAGGUUGCUGAACAAGUUUGGGCUGGACCAGGUGUACGAGGGCCAGGUGGAGGUGACGGGAGACGAGUUCAACGUGGAGAGUGUAGACGGGAAGCCCGGAGCCUUCACCUGCUACCUGGACGCAGGCCUCGCCAGAACCUCCACAGGAAACAAAGUGUUUGGAGCUCUCAAGGGUGCGGUCGACGGCGGACUGGCCAUUCCUCACAGCCUAAAGCGCUUCCCGGGUUAUGAUGCAGAGAGCAAGGAGUUCAAUGCAGAGUUGCACCGUAAACACAUCAUGGGCAUGAACGUGUCGGACUACAUGAGUUACUUGAUGGAGGAGGACGAGGAGGCCUACAAGAAACAGUUUUCACGCUUCAUAAAGAAUGGAGUCACGCCAGACACGGUUGAGGAAAUGUACAAGAAAGCACACGCCGCUAUCAGAGAGAACCCCGUCCACGACAAGAAACCCCAAAAAGAAGUCAAAAAGAAGAGGUGGAACCGUGCCAAGCUCUCCCUGGCACAGAGGAAGGACCGUGUUGCCCAGAAGAAAGCCAGCUAUUUACGAGCGCAAGAACAAGAGGCUGCGGACGGCUAGCGGUGUUUCUCCCAGCACCAGUCCCCCUCCACAGACACUGCUACACAUCGGUCAAAUACAUUUAUUGCAAUGCCUUAAACUGUAUGCGUCUUAAUUAUAAGUACUGAUUUGGCAAACGAGUGUUCCACAACUUGUGUGAAAGAGAUCUGAAUGGGAUUCAGUGAACUGUUGCACUGAAGGUGCUUCCAGGAUGGAGGACAGUGUGGAACAAAAAAAGGUCCAUCUCAAAUGGUUUAUUCUAGGUUCUGAAAUUUCUACAGCUUUAUUAGUCAGCUGAGUGAAGUGAGAGUAACAGACAAGAAAUAGGACUCAUAAUGAACAAAAAACAUGGAAAUGGUCUAUGGUCUGCUGCAAAGUCUCUUCAGGACUCAAGGUCAGAGGGCCCAUUUUGAUAGUGAAAACAAAAAAUGGUAAGCAAUAUAUAUAUUAAGAUGCAAGGCCUGAUCUAUUAGGAUACAUGCAUGGCAAUCGUAAAAUGUUCAGUUUCUCAUUAUCAAAGGUUCACAGAACAGGCAAGCUCUGGGUGAUCACUGGUGAGUGGUAGGUGUUUUUUAUUGUGCAAAUCAUGCUGGUUCAAACUUCAAGAUAAACAAUGUGUCAAGACUGCAAUUCAA